GGAGCGCGGGCCUGGGCGCGGGUGCUGGGCAGGGCGCACCGGGCGCUCCGCGCUGCCGCCUUCCCACCAUGCUCAAGCGCUGCGGCCGGCGCCUGCUGUUGGCGCUGGCGGGCGCGCUGCUCGCCUGCCUACUGGUGCUCACCGCCGACCCGCCGCCGCCCCAGCUGCCUGAGCGCGGCCGGCGCGCGCUGCGCAGCCUGGCUGGCCCCGCGGGGGCGGCCCCGGUGCCCGGGCUGGGGGCGGCGGCGGCGCCCGGAGCGCUGGCCCGCGAGGUGCACAGCCUGUCCCAGUACUUCAGCCUGCUGACCCGCGCGCGCAGAGACGCGGCCCCGCCACCCGGGGUCGCCUCCCGCCCCGCCGAUGGCCACCCGCGGCCCCCGGCCGAGCCGCUCGCGCCCCGUGACGUCUUCAUUGCGGUCAAGACUACCAAAAAGUUUCACCGCGCGCGUCUCGACUUGUUGCUGGAGACCUGGAUCUCGCGCCACAAGGAGAUGACGUUCAUCUUCACGGACGGGGAUGACGAAGCCCUGGCCAGGCACACGGGCAACGUGGUCAACACGAACUGCUCAGCCGCCCACAGCCGCCAGGCCUUGUCCUGCAAGAUGGCCGUGGAAUACGACCACUUCAUCGAGUCGGGGAGGAAGUGGUUCUGCCACGUGGACGACGACAAUUACGUCAACCUGCGGGCCCUGCUGCGGCUGCUGGCUAGCUACCCGCACACACAGGACGUCUACAUCGGCAAACCCAGCCUGGACCGGCCCAUCCAGGCCACCGAGCGGGUCAGCGAGAACAAGGUGCGUCCUGUCCACUUCUGGUUUGCCACGGGUGGGGCUGGCUUCUGCAUCAGCCGUGGGCUGGCCCUGAAGAUGAGCCCGUGGGCCAGCGGGGGCCACUUCAUGAGCACGGCUGAGCGGAUCCGGCUCCCCGACGACUGCACCAUCGGCUACAUCGUGGAGGCCCUGCUGGGCGUGCCCCUCAUCCGCAGCGGCCUCUUCCACUCCCACCUGGAGAACCUCCAGCAGGUGCCUGCCUCCAAGCUCCAUGAGCAGGUGACCCUGAGCUAUGGCAUGUUUGAAAACAAGCGGAACGCUGUCCACAUGAAGGGGCCCUUCUCGGUGGAGGCUGACCCAUCCAGGUUCCGCUCCAUCCACUGCCACCUGUACCCGGACACACCCUGGUGUCCCCGCACUGCCAUCUUCUAGCAGCCAUAGCUGAGACCCCAUCCCUGGGUGCCCCUGGUAUCCAAAGGGCCCAGGGACCCCGUCGUGCCGCCCUUGCCUCGGCAUUCGAGGCUCUCCCAGGGCUGUGCCUGCACGUGCGUGUAUGUGUAUCGUGUGCCCGCCUGUGUAGCAGACUGCUGGUCAGUUCUGCUCUGCAGGGGCCAGCAGAAGUGCCACUUGUCUGUGUCCCUGUGCUCUGAGGCUCUGUGGGCUUCAGAGGAUUUGGAUGUUGGAAGUGACUCUGAGGGCAGUUCUGUUAGUAUUUUUGGAUCUUUUUGCAGCCUGGAGUGCUGGGCUACCCUGCAGGGACACGUGGGUGCCUUUCUCUCCCUGCUGAGCACAGGCUGUGUGCCUGGGAGCCUGGCCCCUGCCCGGAGCCCCCAGCACAGCUGCGCCGUGCUCAGCACAGGGGAGGCUGGUUUUGGGGUGAGUGGUCCCAGCCCCCGCCCUGCUAAGCUCUGGCCUGGGCACAGUGGCUCAGGAACAGCAGACACUGCCCAGUCCCUGGUUCCCGGGGCCACCCCAUGAAGCCCCUGGUGGCCGUCCAGCUUGGUGACCAGUGGCUCCCCUCUCAGCCUUCCUAGGAGGGUCUUCCCUGCCCCCGCCCUGCUAAGCUCUGGCCUGGGCACAGUGGCUCAGGAACAGCAGACACUGCCCAGUCCCUGGUUCCCGGGGCCACCCCAUGAAGCCCCUGGUGGCCGUCCAGCUUGGUGACCAGUGGCUCCCCUCUCAGCCUUCCUAGGAGGGUCUUCCCUUUGUCUCCCCAGCAUCGGGUGAGUCAGAGCCGAGCAUUUUAUCUCCUCUCCAAAGUAGAGAGAACGUCGCCCACAGUGGGUGUGUCUGUAAAUAUUGUGACAGUAAUUUUUUACUGUGCCUUUUUUUUUUGCAAGGGGGUGGGUAAAAAGUAGGGUGUUUUUGUGUUUUCAGGGGGUGGGGGAGGGUCUUAUUUUAUCUUUUCUGUGGAUCAGAAAAAGCAGAAGCCAAACUUGGGAUGGUCUUUGUUGUCAAAGCUGAAGUGGCCGUGUGUGACGCUCUAUGUAUUUAUGUUCCAGUAUCUGGAAUCUCCCGCCCUGCCCCUCGCAGCCGCCAUCCCCGCCGGGCCCAGCUCGGCUCCCCUGUCUCGUCGGGGGCGUUUUGUGUUCUGUUUCUCUCUUUGCAAAGGCAUAGCUAGGAAAGCCAGUGGUAAGGGAAUGUUCUCAGGGAAUUGAAGUGUUGUUGCUAUGGUGACGUCCUUUGCUGUGAAUAAAGGUGCUCUGUGCAGCGA